AUGGAUCAAAUGCUUGAAAGGUUGGCGGGUCAAGCCUACUAUUGUUUUCUAGACGGAUACUCCGGGUACAAUCAAAUCACGAUUGACCCGGUCGAUCAAGAGAAAACUGCCUUUACUUGUCCCUUUGGGAUCUUUGCUUACCGUCGGAUGCUUUUUGGGUUGU